CGCUCAUCCCGGAGGGGCCCCUGCAACCUCUCCGCGCGAAGACCGCUCCAGCCCUGCAGGGAAAGAAAAGUAACUUCGCUUUUCUUGGAGGAACGAGGAAGGAUUAACUGGCCUGGGAGAGGGCAGGAGCGCGCGGAGGGUGGAAUGAUUGUGGACUGAGACGCGCUCGGGCAGAGACUAUGUAAUCGCCUCGGUGUCUGUGCAGAGGACUGCGCUUCGGGGAGGGAAGAGGAGGGAUCGGCUCGCUCCUCGGCGACUCGGCAGGCGGAGUUUCGCCGCGGCACCAGGGUUGCGCCCGCCCGCGGGGAGGUCGCUCCAUCCAGCCCCGGCGGCCGCGAGAGCCCGAGCGCCGGAUCGCGGUAGUCGGCAGGGGUGAGGGAGAGCGAGACCGAGCUCCGGGGCGUGAGGGAGCGGGCGGAGGAGUCCGAGAGGAGGCGAGCGGCGACCGCGAGCGAGCCGAGCGAGCCCCCCGCCCGCCUCAGCGGCGCCGCGCCGGGCGGCGUCCGGGCGGCAUGGAGAAGGACGGCCUGAGCCGCGCCGACCAGCAGUACGAGUGCGUGGCGGAGAUCGGGGAGGGCGCCUAUGGGAAGGUGUUCAAGGCCCGGGACCUGAAGAACGGAGGCCGUUUCGUGGCACUGAAGCGCGUGCGGGUGCAGACGGGCGAGGAGGGCAUGCCGCUUUCCACCAUCCGCGAGGUGGCGGUGCUGAGGCACCUGGAGACCUUCGAGCACCCCAACGUGGUCAGGUUGUUUGAUGUGUGCACAGUGUCACGAACAGACAGAGAAACCAAACUAACAUUAGUGUUUGAACAUGUUGAUCAAGACUUGACCACUUAUUUGGAUAAAGUUCCAGAGCCUGGAGUGCCCACUGAAACCAUAAAGGAUAUGAUGUUUCAGCUUCUCCGAGGUCUGGACUUUCUUCAUUCUCACCGAGUAGUGCAUCGUGAUCUAAAACCACAGAACAUCCUGGUGACCAGCAGUGGACAAAUAAAACUGGCUGACUUCGGCCUUGCCCGCAUCUAUAGUUUUCAGAUGGCUCUUACCUCAGUGGUCGUCACGCUGUGGUACAGAGCUCCAGAAGUCUUGCUUCAGUCCAGCUACGCCACCCCUGUGGAUCUCUGGAGUGUUGGCUGCAUAUUUGCAGAAAUGUUUCGUAGAAAGCCUCUUUUUCGUGGAAGUUCAGAUGUCGAUCAACUAGGAAAAAUCUUGGACGUAAUUGGACUCCCAGGAGAAGAAGACUGGCCUAGAGAUGUUGCCCUUCCCCGGCAGGCGUUUCACUCAAAAUCUCCUCAACCGAUUGAGAAGUUUGUAACAGAUAUUGAUGAACAAGGCAAAGACCUACUUCUGAAGUGCUUGACAUUUAAUCCAGCCAAAAGAAUAUCUGCCUACAGUGCCCUGUCUCACCCAUACUUCCACGACCUGGAGAGGUGCAAGGAGAACCUGGAUUCCCAUCUGCCGCCCAGCCAGAACAGCUCGGAGAUGAAUACAGCCUGACGUCCCAGCCACUCCCUUGAGCUGAUCAUCCGGAGACACCCUUGGUGGCUGAUGGGUCCCCCUGAGUAAGCCCCACAGAGCUGCUGAGGAUCACUGCCUGGACACCUUCUAGUUGCCGUCUUCUGGAUGGGCUCUGCUUUCCAAGGAAACCGUCUAGUUUACUGUUUUGAAAUCAAUGCAAGAGUGAUUGCAGCUUUAUGUUCAUUUGUUUGUUCGUUUGUCUGUUCGUUUGUUUCAAGAACCUGGAAAAAUUCCAGAAGAAGAGAAGCUGCUGACCAAUUGUGCUGCCAUUUCGUUUUUCUAACCUUGAAUGCUGCCAGUGUGUGAGCAAUCCAGGCACAGCUGAGUUGUGAUGUAACCUCUCUGCAGCUGCCAGAGCCUGAUUUGGUACUUUCGAGUGAGUGUGAGUGUGUGUGUGUGUGUGUGUGAUUCUUGAUCUCUUAAAGUGUUACUUUCUGUAAACAACAAGAAUAAUUGAAUUUUAAAGACUCAAAGUAACAGAUAAACAGCAGGUGUCUAUUGACUGAAGGUGAUUCACCAAAAUGGGCUUCUCAAAUUAGAAAGUUGAGCCUAUGUCCUCAGCAUUUCUUUUCUGGCCAAAAGCAGUAAAUUUACUAGUACUAAAAGUUUCACUAUCUAGAUGAAGUUUUAUACACACAGCAAAAAGGAAAAAAAAAUUCUAGUAUCUUUUGAGACAAAUUUGUUUUUAAAGCACACUUUCUAGUUACUCUUCAAAAAGCUGAAUUUACUCAUUAUAAGUCAAUGUUAACCUGUAUAAUAUGCUUUAUUGGUUUUUUUUGAAAAAUACCCUAAGCUUUUCUUAAGUGCUGUAGAUUUAGGGAGUAUACCUCAAAUAGGCAAAAUUGUCAAAAAAAAAAAUAGAGAAAGCCUUUAUUUCCUGGUUUGAAACUUAUUUCCUUUUUGUUUUUUGUUGUUAUUGUGUUUUGUUUUUGAUUUUAGGAAUCUGUCAGAAACUGUUUCCUGUUUUGGUUUGGAGAGUAGUUCUCUGUGACUAGAGACAGGAAUGCCAUUUAAGUUUCCCACCUAUUACACUGUACUUUUUCUACCGUGCACUGCCUUGUUUGCAAAGUAUCCACUUUAUCUAUCCCCCCGCCUCUACUAGACAUUACUACCAUUACAUAACUCAUAACAGAUUGCUUACACUGUUCCCACGCACCUCUUGCUUGCUUUCUUUCAAUGAACCUUUCAUAAACAGUUAGAUUCAGAUUAUGGUUUAUGGUUCCAAUUCCACAAUCCUAACAGAGUACCAUAUGUUCUCGCUCUAAUGUGAUCUCCUUACCUGGCAUUCACUGUUUUUACCUAGGCAAUGCGUAGAAGACUGGCUCUUCUCUAACACCAGCACAUAGAUUGCUUUAAACUGUUACUUAGUGUUUUACAUUUUAAUAGAAUAUAUUGUCAGUGUAGUAUCUGAGGGAACAUCCUUAACUAUUUUUUAGAAAUACUUAUUGACUCUGUAAGUGAUCUUUUCUCCAUCCCCCAGGCCAGGCUUGUUCCUAGUACCUUGUGUACACUCUUGCUCUCUGCAGAGCCAGCCUGACCUGGGCCUUGUGAACAGCUUUACUUUUUCUUUUGCCAUGUUCUCUAAGUACUUUAUAGUCCAUGCCAUCUCUGCUUUAUAUGUGGUUAGUGCUCACUCAGCUCUAGGAACCAGAAGACACAGAGAUUAAGCAUCUUUUGGGAAGUUUAGCCACCUUUGCUUUCUGACUCAUGUUUUGAGUGCAUGCAACAGUUAGACCAUGUUUAGAGUUAGGGUUUUCAAAGAAUGGACAUUGCUUCACUAAGUAGAAAAUGUUCCAGAUAAUGUUUAUGCAUUUUAUCAAGCCUUACUGAAUUCUUCACAGCUUAAUAUUGUAAAUGACUAUCUUGAGCAAGAGAAAAAUUGGGAAAUUUUUCUCCUUGAGAGCUUUUUGGGUUGGGAACCAUUCUUGUUUAGUACAUAUAUUGCUUAAUAUUGUUCUAAUUCAGUAACUUAAAGAGCAGGAAAAUUUUUCUAAAGCAAGAUAUGAAUGAGAAGAUGGGCCAUAAGAGUGUUUUAUACUUUCUUCAUUGGGACAACAUUGAUUAUGUUUUGUCAUCCCCACAAAUGCUUGAGAUAUAACGAAUCCAGAGUAUUCAGAGCAAUGUGUACUUUGAGUCUCCCCUGGAGAAGUGAGUUCUGCCUGCUUUUCAUGGGAUCAAAAUGCUAAGACAUUUUUCCUGGGGCCUAGAAAUUGAAUUUUAAAAUUCACUGCACUUGACUCAUCAUCUUUUGGUUAGUAUCCAUGGUUAGAGUGAACAUAACUUGCGUUUGUGCUUUUGCAAAAGUUUUUCAUAAGUUCGCUCAAGAAAAAUGCAGCUGUUCUAAACUGGAAUUUUUUCAGCAUUCUUUAGAAUUUUAAACAAGUAGAGAGCUCAACUGUUAUUUCUAGCAUAUGCUUUUUGUUCAUUUCUCAGUAGUGUUUAUAAAGAAAACUUAAGGCACAAACAUUUUGGCAUUAGAUACUUGGCCAAUUAUUGUCUGAGAGGGAGAAUGAGAGGGCAUCUUGGCAUCUCUAAACUGUCCCCAGCUCUUCCAUCGAUGUGGUUCUUGCAUUUGAGUGAUUACUCUCUGUUUUAUGUCUUUUACAUCCAGGCUCACCACUUCUGAAAUCCAGAUCCCACACAGGCACCCUUGCCAUCAGGACACUUUGAAUACGAACAGAAUAUGAAUAGAACAGAAUACGAAUAGAGCAGAAUACAAACUUACUGAAUACAGCUUAUUCUUCUGUGACCUAUGGUCUCAAACUUUGCCAAAAGCUAGGCAGUGGUUAGCUGAAAAGGUCACACUGCCCCAGGCUUAUACCAAAGCAGAUUAUAGCAGUGAAAAUAGGGUGACAGAUUUGAAAUUACACUUGAAUUUCUUCCUAGGUCUGGUAGAAGAAUGUGCCUGAUAGUUUCUAUACAAUAUUCCGUUCUGGCAGCCCAGCACUGUGGGAACUAUUGUGCAGGGUGGAGUUGUAACAACCUACAUUUAAAAACAGUAAAAGAGAAAUCUGUCUAUUUAGACAUCAUAAGCUAUCAUGUGGCAAAGGGUAAUAAGGACCUAACCUUAUAACACAAUUCCCAGGAGCUUGUAAGAACCUAGUGCCUCCCAUUUUGUCUCUCCUUUGAAGUGGAUGGGAACUACUCAAGGAGCAAAGAACCUCUUUUGGAAGAAAGCUCUGGGCCAUUUCAGCCCCAGUAUUCUCAUGAUUUUCUCUCAGGAAACACACACUAUGAAAGGCAUACUUUGCAUUUAGCCCCAGAUGACUUACUAAAAAUCAUUCAAAAUAUUCACCUUAGAAUAGAAUCUCAGCCUUUUAGUCUUAAGUAAAAAAUGAAAAUUUUGGAAUGCACAAGAUGUUAAUAUCUUGAAGAAAACAUGUACCUUUUAACAGAGAAAUUUAUAGUUUGACUCCAGAAUGUGGUACUAUCCUUCUUGCCGAGAAAAAAAUUAAGUAGUACCAAACGUUUUGAACCUUCAAUUAUGUAUUUAAAUUGGGUUUUUAACGAACUAUAGCUGCUUCUAUUAAAAGUGGUGCCUAUAAAAGUCAGUAAUGGCAAUUCUCAUUCCGUCACGGAAGUUAAAUCAUGUAAGCUUACUAUAUCAUAAACAUUAAAAUUCUUCUCUCCAAAGAAUUGCUGCUUUUCUCUAAGUGACAACUUGACUGUUUUUAUGAUAAGCACAUGAGAGUGUCUCACAUUUUCCAAAAGCAGGUUUUUGUUGCAUAGUUGGGCCUAGGAAAGAAUAAUGUUAAAACUUAAUAAGGACUAUAAUGCCUUAAUUGUGUUAGUACAGAAACUAUAGAAUAUUUACCUUGGGAAGAAAAUAUUGAAAUAUUAUAAAUUCUUAGAUAUUGAUAGAAUUCAAAGGAAUGCGUGUUUUACAUUAUGACAUGAAAACAAUGCCUUUAUUUUGUAAAAAUAAAAAGAUUUCUAAAUCUUUAAAAAUCAUAAAACAGUGGACAAUGGAUAGAAGAAAUUCUGGAGAAAAGGUGUUCAAAGAAGGAUAAUUUCAAGUUAUAUAUAUUUUGAAGGAUAUAUAUUUUAUUAACAAGUAUAUUGUAAGGAUUUAUAUUAAAGUCAUCUGGCAACUAUGAACUUGAGAUGUUCAAAACCAAAUUUUAUGGAAAAGCCGUUACAAACAGUUACCAUUUCAAAGGCUGAGCUGAGCAAACGAAACCAUCUGAAUCCCUUCCUUGUUUCAUGCGAAGCAGCAGCCCCGUCAGACUACACUUGUCACGCAAGCCCAAGAAUGUCCAUUGUGAAAAAAUAAAUUUUCUAAAGAUGUGUUUCCUAUGCCACCAGGAUUUUUGAAAAUUGUGAAACUCAAACCAUUUAUCACCUGCAUUCAGUACAUUCAGAUAUGUGCCGAGGAAGAUAGUUAGCGUUCCUUCUCCACAGUGAGAAAACUUCUCGAGGCUGCCAAAUGCCUGUCUAGCAAUGUAAGUCCUCAGGUAAUUGGUAAUGGUGUUUUCCUCAAAAACAUAAGAAAAUAGUAUCUUCAUUUCUUACCAAUGCAAUUUUCAACCUAGUUUUGUUUCAUACCUAUAUCUCAAGCAUUUCUAACUUCUUAUUUUUCAGAAAAUAGCCAAAAAUAUUCCUUUGGCCUUUUCUAUCUUCUGACCUUUGUAAACAACAGAAAUAUAGAAAGAGGAGGGGUCUGAUUUUUAAAUAUUUUUUCGCAAUUAGUUGUUUUGAGGUUUUUUUAAUGAAGUAUCAAUCAGCUUUUCAAA